AUGUCGCGUUUAGAAAAAGCCAAGGAAGCAAUUGAGAAUGGAAUUUCUCAAUAUCUUCAGAAAAUUGAACAAGAUCCCAUGGACAAUAAUAAAGCUUAUCAAAUAUUUGAAGCUACUUUAGAGGAUCAUUUGUCAAAUCCUUCUGAAUACUCUGAACAAGAACAAAUCGACCUUUUAAAUUGUUUGUUUAAUAAUAAUGAUAAUAAGAAUCAAAUUUUGGAUACAUUUUCAUGGACAAUUUUCUCAAUGGUUGUACCUUAUUUAUCACAAAAUAAUAAAUCAUCAAUAAUUGCUUUAAAAAUUCUUGAAGCAAUUACACAAAAUAAUGUUCGAGAAACAUAUACGAUGAUAUUUGAAAGACUUGGUUUGUUGGAUUGGGAAAAUCCCAAUGUUUCUGUACCCGAAUUUUCUGGGUUGAUCAAGAUUCUGAAAAUUGCCUUUCAAAGAUCUUUCCAAAAGUUUAAACGUAAUAUGUUUUUGAAAUUUUUUUCUGAUACGCUUCGAUAUAUUGCUAGAAUAUGGUUAGAAUUAGAUAACUUACAAGAAAGAAAUCUUGAUCUUGUAAUUGAAAGUUUGAUUGAUUUCACGGAGACAGUUUCACAAACAAUUGAUUUUGAAAAAGAACCAAAAUUAACUCUUACUCCAACUCCAGAAGAUAUUUCUAGCCAAGAAUUCCUUUUAAUCACAUUUUUAUUGAUUACGUCUUUUGAGCAUUAUCUUCUAACUGUUGACAUACAAAUGUCAUCUAUUUAUUAUGAAAAACUUCAUCCCAAAUUUAAUGUUCCAUGGAAAAAGAAACAAAGUGAAAAUGUCAAAUCAGUUGAUCAAUCGAGAAUUAGUAGAUUAAUUCGAGCUGCUAAAAAAUCAAAAAUUUCAACAACUCAAAUUAUAAAUUAUUUUGAAAAAUUUAAGCCUAAUAAGAAAGUUAGCAAAGAGAAUUUAUUUUCAGAUUCCCCGGAUUCAAUGUUUAGAAGGAUUAUUCCAAUUGCAAAUAAGGUUCUUGUGAAUGAUGUGAAUGAAUAUGUAAUAGUUGAUAAGGUUUUAUUAGUGUUAAUGUAUUUGGCAGACAAGAAUGAAGAAAAUACCAUUACAAUACUUAACUUAAAUGCAAACUUGACCCAAGAUGGAAUAACUCUUUCAUCAUUAUUUCAGGCAUUGUCUUCUUUCGCUUCUACUUCAUCUGAUGAAUCACUUCGUUUUAAUUCUCAUCAAUUAUUAUUUCGAAUUAUUUCAUUAUGUACGGAUGAUGCUAAAAUGUUUUUAUUGAAAGAAUUAUUAACCAAUUGCCCAUUCGAACAGAUGAAGAGUGCAACAAUUGGUAUGUUAAAGGAAAUUGUUAUUCAACGUUUAAAUGAAGCAUAUUCUGAUAAAUCGAAAGAGUUUGAACUAUCUGUAUUUGCAAGUCCAUAUUUAAUUGAAGGAUUUUUUCCACACAUUCUUCGAUUGAAAUCAAUUCUUAAUGAAUCAUCAUCUUCAAUUGAAGAACUAGAAAAAGAAUUUAUUGAGAAACAUAGUUUUCUCAUGCAUGGAUUAAAUUUUUAUAUGCUUUUAUUAAUGAGGGAUGAUAAGAAUUUGGACACACAAAAAGAAUUUUUAGAUCCAUUGAAAGAUACUUGUACCGAAAUUAUAGUUAAACAAGUGAAUCGUUUUAAUCAUUUGAAAGAACUAAAUUCAGAAAUGAAUGAAAAUGGAGAAGGCACUUUGGAGGACUCAUCUAUGUGGGAAUUUAUGUUUGAGGUGAUGUCUAAAGGAAUGGACAAUAUCAUUAAGUGGCUUCCGGGUACAGAAGUAGUUGAUGGUAGUGGAAGACCAUUAGAUCCUCGAGAAUAUCAACCAAGUAUAUGGAAUUUUUUAUACUCUAAUCACUUGUACCUGGCAAUCUUUGUUAACGUUUUAAAUAAUAGAAUAAAUGCAAUCGUUACUCCUCGCAACCCAAGACCAUUACCAAAAACAACCCGAUUACUAAUUCGAUUACCAUGUUUUUAUCUAAUGGCAAAAUCCACACUUGUUCUUUUAUCGAGACUUGUUAUUAGUGCUGCUUAUUUACAACCAUAUUUCUCACAAUGGAUUAUUGAACUUGGGGAAGAUUAUACCGAUCAUCAAUCUCUUUGGCUAUGCUUAAAGGCAUUAGCUAUUGUAUAUAUUAUGAAAGCUUUCCAUUCAAGUCUAGAAAAUAGAAGUUUGCCAGGAAGAGAACAAAGCACAACGCUUUAUGAAUACGCUUUAUUAUUUCAUUAUUUUUGUAACAUUUCAUCAGGAAGUCCGAACACUGAUUUACUUUUAAUAGCAAUUUUCGAAGUCGUCGAUAUUUUUCUUCUCGAAGUGUUAUAUCUUCAUCCGAGAGGCAUUCAAUAUAGGCUUAUACCCACUAGCAUUAUAGGAAUAACCGGAAUCGUUCAUUAUGCGUACGCAUUAUUCAAUAAAUCCGAUACGUAUCCUAUGCUUCAAAGUUUUGCUCGUUUUCCAGAGUUAGCUUUGAUUGCUAUAAUCUUUAUUUGUGUUUUUCUUCAUGCAAUUGCAUAUGUUAUAACGGGCGGUAAUGUUCGUAGAACAUUUUUCUUGGAUGCUAGAUCAAUGCCUGGACUCCAAGAAGAUUAUACUAUGGCAUUAUACAGAAUUGGUACCAUUGUUAUAGAAACGAGUCGAAUUGAUGGUUAUCGUAAUGAAUUACCGCCAAUAUUUGUUCCUUUGGGAACUAUAUUUGAACGUACAAAAAAAAAAAAGUCUCGAUCAUCGGAUAAAAAUAAAAGACAACCAACUUGUGGAUUUGAUAAUGAACAACAAGACACUAAUGAAUUAGCACCUACAGAAUCUAAUGGAGGUCCACGUCGCGGAAUAGUUUGGGCUAAAUCAGAUUCUACAGAUUCAGAAAAUGAUGGAGAUAUAGAGGAAAUAAUUCCUGGUGAUGAGCUUUUAUUACUAGGAAAUGACCUCAGAGAACAUGAAGAACAAGCGCGUCUCACACAAAAUAAUAUGGCAUCUUCAUCACUGGACGAAUCCGUAUCACUCAUGUCAUUGAUAACUGAACGUCGUCAACCACUUAUGUCAUCUCAAGCCGUCACCGAUCGUUUAUGUGUAGUUUGUCACGGAGAAACUCGACAAUGUCUUCUUAAACCAUGUGGAUGUUUUGCACUUUGUAACGGGUGUCGUGAAAUGAUGGCUCAACGGAAAUUUAAGGCAUGUCCGUGUUGUCGAAGAACAGUUGAAGGAUAUUCUAGAGUUUAUAUUCCAUAA